AUAUAUCUACUAAAUGAAGUGAGUGAGGGUAGAGAGAUAGUGCUGCUUUUUGUUUUUUUUUCUCACUCAUGUUAGGGUUCUUCAUCUUGAAGGUCUAAAGAAAUUGAUACCCCAUUUUGAAGAGAGUUGUGCUGUAGUACAUUAGUGGUAUGUAUACUCGAUACCCAUUUUGUAUCACUUCACUGACAGUGAGAGUGCUCUGAGCUUUUUGCUACAGAAGAAGAAGAAGAUCUACAUUUUCCCAAUCUGUAAGACCCAAUUUAUGCAAGUUAAAAUGAAGCUGUUUUGGCCACUGUUCUUCUCCAUACAUUUUGUCUACUCUUUGGGACAGCUUCCAUCUCAGGAUAUCUUAACAUUACUUGAAUUCAAGAAAGGAAUCAAGCAUGACCCGACUGGCUUUGUAGUCCAGUCAUGGAAUGAGGAAUCUAUAGACUUCAACGGUUGUCCUUCAUCUUGGAACGGAAUAGUAUGCAACGGCGAAAAUGUCGCCGGAGUUAUCCUUAACGGGUUGGGUUUAUCCGCAGAUGUCGAUCUGAGUGUGUUUUCAAAUCUCACAAUGCUGGUGAAGCUUUCUCUCGCUAACAACUCAAUAACAGGCAAAAUCCCUAUUAGUGUGGGGGAUGAUUUCAAAAACCUUGAAUAUCUGGAUUUAUCGAACAACUUGUUCUUUUCAACUGUUCCUUUGGAGAUUGGUAAACUUGGAAAUCUCAAAAAUCUCUCCCUUGCUGGGAACAAUUUCAGUGGACCCAUUCCAGAUUCUAUUUCUGGUCUCAACUCGAUUCUGUCGUUGGAUUUGAGUCAUAAUUCAUUUUCGGGUUCAAUUCCUUCUUCAAUGAGACGACUGACGAAUUUAGUGUUUCUUAACUUGUCUCUUAAUGGGUUUUCAGAUGGUAUUCCUAAAGGGUUUGAGUUAAUGACCAAUCUUCAAGCGAUGGACUUUCAUGGAAAUAAUCUUAGUGGGAAUCUGGAUUUAGAUUUGUUGCUUCUAACGUCUGCUGUUCAUAUUGAUUUUAGCGAUAAUUCAUUUGUUAACUCUGGUUCUCAGAAUCGAAGGUUUCUUCCCGCAAUUUCAGAUACUAUUACGUAUCUGGAUCUAAGCCGUAAUCUGCUUACCGGUUCUUUGGUUGGUGGUGAGGCUCAGAUAUUUGGGAACUUGAAGUUCUUGGAUUUGAGCUAUAAUCAACUCUCUGGGGAGUUACCUGAAUUUAGUUUUGUUUAUGAACUUCAAGUUCUCAAGCUGAGUAAUAAUAGAUUCACUGGUUUUGUCCCUGAUGGUCUCCUCAAAGGCGAUUCUCUGGUCUUAACUGAACUUGAUUUAAGUGGCAACAGUUUAUCGGGUUUGAUGAGUAUGAUUACUUCAACGACAUUACAUGUCCUCAAUCUCUCUUCGAAUGGUCUUUCCGGCGAUCUUCCUUUGCUUGUUGGAAGCUGCACGAUACUCGACCUCUCUAACAAUCAAUUUGGAGGAAAUUUAACGAGAUUAACUAAAUGGGCAAAUGUCGAGAUUCUUGAUCUGAGCAGGAAUCGUUUGACAGGGACCAUCCCUGAAGUUACUUCUCAGUUUCUCAGGCUGAAUUAUCUCAAUCUUUCGGGAAAUUCCUUUGAAGGUUCGCUUCCUAUGGUCGUUGCCCGUUUCCCAAAACUAACAGUUCUCGAUCUCAGUUUCAACCAGUUAAAUGGCUCUGUUAUGACAGAAUUACUUUCAUCUACUACAUUACAAGAAAUUCAUCUUGAGAACAAUUUAUUUGUUGGAGAGAUCAAUAUCUCUAGUCCUUCCCCAUUUCAGUCUGUUCUUCAAGUUCUUGAUCUUUCUCAUAACCAGCUUGAUGGAUCAUUUUCCGACGGGUUUAGAUCAUUAACCGGGUUGAAGACACUCAAUCUCGCUGCAAAUAACUUAUCAGGUUCUUUACCAACCUCGAUGGAAGAAUUAACAUCUAUCGUUUCACUGAUCAUAUCCGAAAACCAUUUCACAGGGCCAUUGCCUACUAAUUUGUCUAGCAGUCUAGUAAGCUUCAAUGCAUCCUACAACGACCUAUCCGGUGUUGUCCCUGAGAAUCUAAGAAAGUUUCCUCCAUCUGCUUUCUUUCCCGGAAAUUCGAAACUCGACUUUCCAAAUCCUCCCCCUGAAACGGGUCAUGGCCCGAGUGUUACCCCGAAGAGAAAACCGAUCAAGCAUAUCGUCAAGGUGAUCGUUAUUGUUGCCUGCGUCGUUUCUGUUGUGAUUUUGAUACUGCUUUCAGUUCUCAUACAUUACAUCCGAAUAUCGAAGAAAUCACUUCCAAAACAUGCUCCGAUUAAAGAUAAGCAGAAGAGAACUCAGCCUACUUCGUCUGGCUUCACCGGAAGAGACAACGGAGGAGGAAGAGGAGGCGGUGGUGUUAUUGUUUCUGCCGAGGAGCUUACGAGUUCACGUAAAGGAUCCUCGUCGGAGAUCAUUAGUCAAUCUGAGAAGAUGGCACCCGUAACUGGAUUCUCCCCAUCUAAGAACAGCCAAUUCUCAUGGUCACCAGAAUCCGGCGAUUCUUACAUUGCUGAAAACCUUUCCCGGUUGGAUGUUAGGUCGCCGGAUCGUUUGGUGGGUGAGCUUUAUUUCCUCGACGAUACGAUCUCCUUAACACCUGAGGAGCUUUCUAGAGCUCCUGCCGAAGUUCUUGGGAGGAGCAGCCAUGGUACUUCCUAUAGGGCUACGCUGGAUAAUGGGAUUUUACUGACGGUCAAGUGGUUGAGAGAAGGCGUCGCGAAACCAAGGAAGGAUUUCGCUAAAGAGGCUAAAAAGUUUGCGAAUAUUCGGCACCCUAAUGUGGUUGGACUCAGAGGGUACUAUUGGGGGCCAACCCAACACGAAAAACUCAUUCUUUCGGAUUAUAUUUCUCCCGGAAGCCUCGCAAACUUUCUCUAUGAUCGGCCAGGGAGAAAAGGGCCGCCUCUAUCUUGGGCGCAAAGGUUAAGAAUAGCUGUUGAUGUUGCUCGUGGCCUUAACUAUCUCCAUUUUGACCGAGCAAUGCCACACGGAAACAUAAAAGCCACCAACAUCUUGUUGGAUGGUGCAGACCUGAAUGCACGUGUGGCUGACUAUUGUCUUCACCGUUUGAUGACUCAAGCGGGAACCAUCGAACAGAUUCUCGAUGCAGGGGUGCUAGGUUAUCGAGCACCGGAACUGGCUUCUUCGAAGAAGCCUAUUCCAUCGUUCAAGUCAGACGUUUAUGCAUUCGGAGUGAUCUUGUUGGAACUUCUUACAGGAAAAUGUGCAGGGGAUGUUGUAUCGGGCGAAGAUGCUGGAGGUGUUGAUUUAACAGAUUGGGUGCGGUUGAAGGUGGCCGAGGGACAAGAUUGUUUUGAUUCUACGUUGAUACUGGAGAUGGCGAAUCCGGGAGCUCAGAAGGGAAUGAAGGAGGCGCUGGGAAUAGCUUUGCGUUGCAUUAGAUCUGUAUCGGAAAGGGCGGGGAUUAAGACCAUUUAUGAAGAUCUAUCGUCCAUAUGAUAUGAUUUGUUGCUGUAAUUGGUAGGCAUCAAAUAGCUCGUUUGCCUCCAUUUUGGUUGUGUUAUCUUAUUAUUUGCUAAUUAUUUCAUUAAUGAUUUUGGGGGCAUACAUUAUGAUCUAUGUUGUUGUGAAGAUGAAGAACAUUCUCUGUACAGAGAUCAAAAUGGAUAGUGUUACUAGUUACUGUGAUUUUUAAUGAAAUGGUUUUUACUUUU